CAUUAGCCAGCAACCAGUGGCUUAUUCCAAACAUGAAUAAUUCCACAUAUUUGUAUGGCAAAAUCAUAUGAAUUUUACCUAUUUCUAGGAUCUUACACAAAUGUGUAAAAGCAACUUGCCAUGGUUGAUUCUUGAUAGGGAGUUCCUGUUGCAGAUGUUUGAUGUGCUAUCUGAGAAACAGAAGGCUCACAGGAAACAACACACUGCAUUUAAAACUCGAAAUAAACCGUUAGAACAUCACGAGCCCUUGGUAGAUAAAAUUGCCUAGUAUCAGCAGCCAAGCAAGCUGCUAUAACUGUAGGAGACACUGAGUACUCUGUGCACCACAGGGUUGUGAGCACCAUCCACCCAAAGCAGAGAGUCUCACUCCUACCUUUUGUUACAAAAGUGUGUUGGGCUGUUGAAGAAAGAUCCAGCCAUUGGCGCGCACACAAAAAUCCAGGUUGCAGCUGUAGGUGCUCUCCUACUUACAGUGGAUAGUUCCUUCCUUGAUGUCCCCCACCAAGCACCAAUCCACCAUCAUCCUCCAAAGUCCAAAGGGAAGCUACUGGUCUAGGUCAGGUAGUGGGCAGAGAGCAAGCAUGAGACAGUCCAGCCCCCUACUGUUGUCUUGACGGAAAGAAGGACACAAAAGGUGAGCAUGUAUAUUUCUCAAAAGCACAGUGCAUCCGCCCCAAGCAUGCCCACACCUUCAUCAUGAAAGUGCCCUCUUCUCUUGUCUCCCUCCCUUGUUUCUCAUGGUGGCAAUGUGGCAUCCAUGACCGAUCUAAUCUUGAAAGUAUUUUAUAUUUUUCUCAUAGUAUUACAACUCUGAUUGAUUUGUAAACACCGGGUGCCUCCUGUCGCUGUUUCUCUAAGUUGAUUUAGCUGCGCUGUUUUUGUUGAAAAACUUUUGGAGGCAUGGAGAUUAGACGUAGAUAUUUUGCAUGUAAAUGAUUGGCUUUAGGAUGAUGUUGACUCGAGCGAUUUAUUCCGGAGAACAUAUAUACGCAAAGAUUUACUCCUUUUUGCUUUUGGGAUGAAGAUUGCUUUCUUCUUCUUUAAUGCCGUGCCCACCAAGUGUUCGAUAGAAUGACAAAACCCCAAAAUCAUGUAAGGUUUACAUCUGUUGAGUACAAGUUCAUUUAUUGCAGGUUGGCCGCUUCCAAGAGGACACCUGUGUCAGUUUUCUUUCGCAAAGUGAGAAGGUGAGGUGAUCUCUCACGGGGACGAGGAUCAGGGAAGGUAGGGAGGUUAUACGGCAAGGACAAGGUUACAAGAGAUUGUACAGCUUAACUUCUUUUAUUUAGCAUUGCGACUUUAGCAAAGAAUCUGUGCAAUGUUUCCCCUUUUCCGUACAUAGUUAAUGGAUGAGGAGCAAGAAACCACCAUAGGCAGUGCACCAUAUGCGGCGAGCAUCCGCAAGCUGUGAUAGCACACCCUUUAUCCUGAGUUGACUAGAGAAUAUCACAAACAGCCACCAUGCCUGCAAAUUGUUGUGUACGCGCUUAUUCCGUCUAUGUCACCUUUCGGAAUAGGCUAACGUAUGGUACGGAUUUCUUGCUUCCGUAGGGCGGAAUUUGGUCUCCAGUUGACAAGGGAAUUAUCCAUCAAUUCAACAUCAGCAGUAACCUUUCUUUAUCUUUCAGAACAAUCUGGCCUGUUAUUGUCAACUAAUCCUUGGAUGCUUCUAGUUGGCAUGCAUAUAGCAUUGCAUUUGGUAUUUGAUUAUGGCCAAAAGUUAUAUUGGCCUAAAUCAAGCUUGGGACCUAGUUAGUUUUGAUCCCCUGCAAGUACUCAUGGUGCUAUAAUUUACAAAACAAAGUUAAGCAUGUAGUUCGACCUCAUAGUGUUUUGUAUUUUAGAUGAAGCAUUCCUAUGUUGAUACAACUUCUCCAGUAUAAUUUAGAAGUGGAUAAAAUGCACUCUUAUCUUCGAUGCUGCUCACUUUACUGUGAUGCUUGGUUGCCCCUGGUUGCGUGUGAUCCUAUAUGAUGGCUGUACAUGAUAUGUAUUCUUAGGAGCAUUAUUGGUAACUUCAGCUUGGUUAACCGAUUAUCCUUGUCUUUCCAUGUGCACCUGAAAAGGUCCACAGAUAUUUUGCGAUGAUGCUCAGGCCCAUGGGGAAGCAUCAAGUUUGUUUUUAAUGCUUUCUUUUUUCUUUUUCUGCUCACGAUUAUGAGAACCUUAAUAUUUUGCACCACCCUUGCAUAGAUCUGGUAACAAGUUGCAGUAUUAUGCACAAGCAGAGGGCCUCUACUGUCUACUCGGGAAGAGUAUGUAAGAGUGGCAGGGUCAGUCAAUCCAGUGCUACUCCUACCAGGUUAUCCUGUCCCUCAGACGGUGUUAAUCGUUAAACAGCCAGCUAUAUACAGGUUAGAGCUUUGCAUUUAUGUGGAAUGUCUACAAAUGAGGAUCCAGGGAAGGGUCCGACCACUUUGGGUCUAUAGUACGCAGCCUUUCCCUACAUUUCUGUAAGAGGCUGUUUCCAGGACUUGAACCCAUGACCUCAUGGUCACAAGGCAGCAGCUUUACCACUGCGCCAAGGCUCCCUCAUGGUCACAACUCACCUAUACAAUUAAGAUAUGGUCUCCUCUCAAUUUGUAUCAGAUCAUACUUCAUACAAAAAGAUGGACCAUAUGAGGGCACGUUUUUUGCACCAUUGCUAGGAUCUUCAUCUUGUUUCUAGCCUUUUUGGCCUAGAUUUUAUAAUAUUUGCAACCAUGCUAUCAUUUAUACCUGUUAAUUAAGCAUACUACUGUUUUUUUUUUCGAAUCUCUAUGUGUCACACAUGUUCUUAUCACUUUCUGGUAUCUUCAACUUGUUUCUAGCCUUUUUGGGCUACAUUUUUUAAUAUUUGCAACCAUGCGAUCAUGUAUACUGGUUAAUUAAGCAUACUACUUUUUUUUUUGAAUCUCUAUGUGUCACACAUGUUCUAAUCGCUCUGUAGAUGUAUUUCAAGGCUGACAUAUCUUUACAUGGUUUUGUCAAGGAAAAAUGAGAUGUAAUUCUUAAAAGGUGCAUAAUGAUAAACGUGUGGAGUUUCAUGACACAAGACAAAAUGAGUAGAACAAUAAUAGUGCGGGUUCCAGAAAUAUUGAAACAUACUGUCAUGUCCAGAAAGAUAGUAAGUGGAUCAUCUUACACGGGCAGAUGGGCUGCACUUUCUAAUUGGGUAAGAAUCUCUCUUGUAAAGUGGAAAUAUUAAGCAGAUAUGCUUCUCAUGAUCAUGCACAUCGCAUUAUAUAAGGGGCAAACAAGCUCCAGAAGAUAUUACUUUGAGCCCUCCCCUCCUCUUCAAGUUAAAGCCCAUUUCUGAUCCUUCUUUUGCUUGUAUCAUGGACAAUAAUGAGUUAGGCUGCAAGCAAAACGACGCUCUUCAAGAGCUCGAGAUGCUGACAGUGAAUGCCAAGGAAGCCCAACAGCUUAUACUGACAAAAAUCCUUGAGAGGAACCAGGCUAGUGAGUACUUGAGCAAAUUCAUGAAUAGAUCCACAAACACAUCCACCUUCAAGAGAAACGUCCCAGUAGUGACAUAUGAUGUGGUCCAGCCGUACAUCACAAGGAUCUCAACUGGCGAGGAUUCUUCCAUUAUAUCUGGAGACCGAAUCGUAGAACUGCUGAGAAGCUCUGGAACUUCUCGGGGUGAGCCAAGAUUGAUGCCAGCCAUCUCCGAGGAUCUUGACCGUCGAACCUACCUUUAUAGUCUGCUAAUGCCGAUAAUGAACAAGUAUGUAUCAGGCCUUGGUGAGGGGAAGGCCAUGUAUCUUCUCUUUGUGAAAGCGGAAACACUGACGAAUUCUGGCAUUCCAGUUCGAUCAGUCCUCACUAGCUAUUACAAGAGCCCUCACUUCCUGCACCGCAAACAUGACUUGUACAACAACUACACCAGUCCUGAUGAGGUCAUCCUUUGCCCUGACAGCCAGCAGAGCAUGUACUGCCAGCUGCUCUGCGGCCUGGUUGAACGCCAGCAUGUCCUCCGUCUUGGGGCAGUCUUUGCCUCGGCGUUCCUUCGGUCUAUCAGCUUUCUUGAGCAGCACUGGUGUGACCUUGUCAAUGACAUACGUAUUGGUAAACUCAAUCCCAAUGUCACCAACACCGAGUGCCGGUUGGCCAUGGAGGGCUUUCUCGCAUUGCCCAACCCGGAGCUCGCUGAUGAGCUUGAGGAAAUCUGUGGCUGUGGGCCAUGGAAGGGGAUUCUAGGCAGGCUAUGGCCUAACGUCAAGUACAUCGAAGCUGUUCUUACAGGCACAAUGGCACAAUACAUCCCCAUGCUGGAGUUCUAUAGUGGUGGUAGGAUUCCCUUGGUAUGCACUAUGUACGCCUCGUCGGAGAGCUAUUUUGGUGUCAAUCUGAGGCCACUGUGCAAACCAACCGACGUGUCUUACACCAUCCUCCCGAACAUGGCCUACUUUGAGUUCAUUCCUUUGGAGGAUGGCCUCAGAGUGACGGAUGAUGAGGAGGUGGUGGGGAAUGACAAGCUUGUCAGCCUGGUGGAUGUCAAGGUCGGAUGCUACUAUGAGCUUGUGGUCACCACAUUUUCUGGCCUUUACAGGUAUAGGGUUGGCGAUGUGCUUCAGGUCACAGGCUUCUACAACCGUGCGCCGCAGUUCAAAUUCAUCUGCCGGAGAAACGUGAUCCUCAGCAUCGACACCGACAAGACCAACGAGGAGGAUCUCCACAACAGCGUCACGCGUGCCAAGAAGAUCCUGGAGGACAGAAACCACAUCCUCCUGGAGUACACCAGCUACCCAGACACUUCCACUGUCCCUGGCCACUAUGUGCUCUUCUGGGAGAUCAAGUCCACCUGCGAAGGCGUGCAGCCCCUCGACCCUCAGCUCCUCGAGAGCUGCUGCAUCUCCGUGGAGGAGUCGCUCGACUACAUCUACAGGCGCUGCAGGGCGCACGACAAGUCGGUAGGCCCGCUGGAGAUACGGCUGGUCGAGGCCGGCGCGUUUGAUGCUCUGAUGGAUCUGCUGGUCAGCCAGGGCAGCUCCAUCAACCAGUACAAGACCCCGAGGUGCAUCGAGUCCGGCCUCGCGCUGAAGCUGCUCAACUCCAAGGUCACUGCUUCCUUCUUCAGCCCUCGGGAUCCUGAGUGGACCAUGUAAAAGCUUUCAGGGAGGGCCUGGGAGAGCUGCAUAUCUCCGGUCUGAUCGUACCAGCCCGCUGCUUGGAUAACCCUAUAACAGUAUUUCUGCUGCUUGGGUUUUUGAUUUUGGAGAACUACCAGUACUAAUUAUAGCGCUUUCUUGUGUUAUUACCCAAGCCCUAAAGCAGAAUGAAGUACUCCCUCUGUAAACAAAUAUACGAGCGUUUAGAUUACUAAAAUAGUGAUCUAUAUGCUCUUAUAUUUCUUUACGGAGGGAGUAUUUGCCAUUUUUUUGCUACUCAUGUAUUAUGAUUGUUCAUCUCAUCAUCUGAGCUCCGAACUGAAUGGUGAUACUAUUAUAGAUCAAGGACGCUGCACAAACUUGUACUAUUUUUUUUUUCUUGAGUGAUUGGGCCUGC